UACACACAGAGUUUCCAGUGCAGAAAAAUACAAUCAGAGAGGAGGCUGCUCCACCCUUUGGUGUGGGAGGAAUACAUCUGGUCUGUGCAGGUAGCAGGCAAGGGACGGGCACAUCUCAAGGUUUAGAAGCUGCACAAUUUCUGCGGGCAGGCUGGGAAGGCAGGAGAAAGGUGCCCCAAAGAGUGGUCAUCAUGGGAAAUGUACUUAGUCAUGAAGAAGGAUCAGAAGAUGAGGAUGUACAAGUCCAAGAAAAGCAACCAGAGUUUGCAGUUCAGAAUGGAUCCGUCCCCCUGCAGAACUCUACUCUGGUUAAAGUCAUACCAAGCACUGACCAAGUUGUUUUAGUCGAUGGCAAACAAGUGACGCGGCAGAAAAGCAUCAUCUCAUCUUCCGAAAAAAUGAUUGUUUUUAGUCCCAUCGCUAACGGAGGAAUUGACUCCAAGCCACCUGCACCAACGGCUCAGUCUAAGUUUAGACUCUCUAUUUCACGGCCGCCCUCAGGCCGUACUAUAUUCCAAGUCAAUGGUCUAGAAGGAGGAAAACUUGAGACCCCAGGUGCCUCAGAAGGACCACUUAUAACUGAAAAUCAAAAUGACACACCAGUUGUACUGGAGACAUCAGUGACGAAGGUCCAAAAUCAGCCACCUCCCUCUUCAUUUGCCAUAAACACAGCAUUGUCACCAUCUGCACCUGUUACUGUUGAGCCACCACUGGCGGCAUCAGUGUCUAGUGGAUUGGAGACACCUCCCAAACCCAAAGAAAUAAGCUUUUUCCAGAGGAUAUUUAUGCCAGAAAAGAAAGUGCAAAUUGAAGAGCCAUCACAACCUCAACUGGAGGAAAAUGAGGAGGCAGGGAUCAUGGUGAAACAUAAUGCUGGAUUACAGAGUAUGCCAGUGACCAAUAACCCUCAAGCUCAGAACAUAGAUGACUUCAACCAGGAGGCUGUUAAGGAGUUCAGCUCUGAGCUUGCACCAAACCAGGGGAACAACAACAGUCCGACCACUUUAGAAGCAAGUCUCCCAGCCCCACCACCAUCACCACCAGAGGUCCAUCCAGUCAUGAGCUUCUUUAAAACCUUGGUUUCUCCUAACAAGUCUGUACUGAAAUCUGAGGAAGAGUCAAAAAAAGAUUCCGACGAUAAGAAAAAUGGAGGACUACGAAAAUCAUCAUCCAGAAAGGAGAAAGCAAAGAGCCUUCCUCAGCAAACAGCAGAAUCAGAAGCAAAGAGCCCAAAGAAGUCUGAUAGCCCCAAAUCUAGGACAUUAAGCAGACUCUUUGGACACAAGUCCAAAAAGGGAGAAGACCUAUCAAGCGGUAACAAGGUUGUGGAGGAACAGCCUGUAGCAGUAACAGUAAAUUCAGAGCAACCCUCCCCUGAGCAGAUACUAACACAGGACACUAAACCCACUGAACCCAAUGUCCAACCGCAGAUCACAGCACCGGCUUCCAAAGAUGAAGGAAAGGCUGCCAAGGAAUCCAUUGCAAGACCUCGGCCCUUUUGGAGAAAGUCUUUUAAAGGAGAUUCUCCAACUACUAAGCAAGAGGAAAAUGUUGAGGAGGAACAAUCAGUGGCGGCUGUAGAAAUUAACUCAGUAAAUGCUGCUCCUGAGCAGAUAGUAAUCUCCAAUGUUAAUGCUGCUGCACCCAACGUACAGACAGAGACCCCCAGCCAGCCCUCAGGCACUGAUGGGAAGGCAGAGAAGGAAACCCCUCCAGAAAGACCUAAGCCUUUUUGGAGAAAGUCUUUUAAAGGAGACCCUGCUGUCACUAAAAUCCCGGAAAAUGUUGAGGCAGUACAGCCUGCAGUAGCUGUAACAGUAAACUCACAGAAUGCUGCUCCUCAGCAGCCGCUCACCUUGGAAACUAAGCCCACUGCCCCUAUUGUUGAACCAGAGAUCCCAAGCGGCAGUGCAAAAGCAGAGAAGGAAUCUACUCCACAAAGACCUCUGCCUUUUUGGAGAAAGUCUUUUAAAGGUGACCCUCAGCCAGUUAAAAAUCAAGAAAAUUCUUUAAAAGAAGAGCCAGAGGCAGAACAAGUAACUGAAAGUGCAUCAGCAGAGAAAGAAGCCAAAGCAGAUGCUGGGGCGCAGGCAGCCACAUCCAGUGGCAAAGGGCUAGAAUCGCCAGACAAGGGGAAAAAGACUGAAGAUGGGAAAAACUCUAAACCAAAGCUGAUGAUGUUCUUCAAACAACUGUCAGUGAUUGGUGAUGGAGGUAAUGGCAAUUCAGAGGAGGUUAACGAGAAAAGUACUGGCCAGUCAACACUUGACCUUACAGAUGGGGCAGAGACCACAAAAUCAGAGAAGACAGUAGUGGCGGCUGUGGUGGAACCUCCACCUCCAGCUCCCAAAAUCAAGGAGAACCAAAAAGAGAAAAAGGUGGUGGCUGAGAAGAUCACCAAGCAAGAAAGCAAAGAUAUGCCGGAGGCUGUAAGCCCAACACAGCAGCAGGUUUCUGAUCCGGCACUGGUGCAGAAUGGGGCAGACACAACUAAAGAUGGGCAACUGAAGAGGACAGAGAAGAGACAGUCUCUUGGGAGCUUCUUCAAAGCUAUUGGGCCGAAACGACUGAGCGAUGCAGCAGUGCAGACAGACCCAGUAUGUAUCCUCCCAGCAGAAAAAGCCAAGUAAAACAAGAAGACGAUGCCGGGAAGGUUGCAAAGCAAUUUGGGGAUGGGGUUGGGGGGGGGCGCUGAUACUGCUAAUGUAUAUUUCAGGUUAAUAUGUACAGAGAUCAGCCAUUAAAUGCCACAGGGUCACGCUGGGCCUUGCAGUGGAUUGCCAUAUGAUGGUUACAGAAGGCUAAUGAGUAUAAUGACCCCUUUAUCAAACCCAAUUGUGUGAUUUUGCAUGGAAGUGAUAUAGGUGGGCUUUGUAUUAACCCCCUCCUCUGAGAACUAGACAUCCCCAUCUGUACAAGGUAAAUAUACAAAUAUAUGGGCACAGACUAAGGAGCCCUAUUUAUCUGCAUAUUAGUAUUUAUUAAUAUGAGUGGAAGCUACCAUACUAGAAAAAGACCCACAUAAGUCAGUGCCCCCCCCCCAGUGGCCAAAUGCCAUGAAAACAUCAUAUAUGUCCAUAAUUAGUCCGUAUAACUCCCCUUUAAUGAACAAUACUAUUCCUCAUGCAUAUAUAUUCAAUAGAAGAGAGGAAAAAUGACCCAUAUAAUAAAUGUAUGUAUACACCUCUCAGUUGUCCCACUUUCCACAAGACCAUGAAUAUCUAUGAAAUGAAGGGGGGGUUAUAUUAAAAAGCAUGGGGUUUGGGGGAGAGAUGGGACUUGUUUGGGUAUAAAGGAUCUGGCAAGUCAAAUUAUCCAAAUGUUCAAACAAAGGGACAGACACAUUAAUGAGAAAAACAUAUUCCCCUAAUUCGGAUGCAUUUGCCCAUUGGGGGCAUGGAAAUGGGGCUUUCCCUGUCUUGUCACAGCCACCGAUCUAAAACAUGGAUCAUAUAUCCACUAUUUCCACUCUCGCUAAGUGUUAGGGAAAGGCUUAUCUGAAAGACUCUGCAAGUUAUAAUGGGGUCAUUUCCGGUGGAAAGUGAAGGUCACACAUUUAGGUUGCACCUUGAGAUGCUGAUAUACAGCUUGAAUAAAAACAUAUAUAUAAGUCAUGAUUUUUGUUUAAGCUUCAUGCGAUAAUUAUGCAAACCAGCUGUAGGGGGCGCCAAUACCAAAUACCUAUAUACUGUACAAUGUGUUUUUAAGCAUUUAAUUAGACUUCUCAUAAUGUAUACUUUAUUUACCAAGUCUAAUGGAUUUUCUGGUUGAUUGUCUAAUUAAAUCUAAACUAACAGUCUGCCUGAUUAUUAUUGUAUUACACUGUAUGCAAAAUGCCUGUUAUUAUCUUCUGCUGUCUGAUACUCAAUAAAAAGAAUGAUGACUGUUUGACUAUUUGCUAUAGUAUUUUAAAUAAAGUGCCCUUACUGUACAGAGAUCAAAUCCA